AUCGAGGAAAAGCUGGGUUAUGAUAGAAAUAAGUCAAUAUGGAAAUUAUUUUACGCUAAAUUAUAUUCGCGGUGUACUCGAACUGUGUGAAAAUAAUCAAAAUUAAAGUUUAAAGUUUACAGUUCAUACUUCAGAGUUCGAAGUUUAAAGUUUGGGGUUAAAAGCUCAAGAUUCAAGGGCGAAGUUCCAAAUUUAGCGUUCAAAACUUCCGACUAGAAGUUCAAGAUUUAAUGUUACAAUUCCAGAUUUCAAAUAUCACAUUUUAAGUUUCAAGUUUCAAAUUGCUAUAUUACAACUAAUUAAACAAUUUGUAGCAAGAGAAAAGCAUGGAUUCCGGCGUGAAGCCCCAUAUCUGUGCCUUAAAAAAUAGUGACAAAUACUACAUGUUCGGUUCAGAUGAGGACAUCACGUGUAAAAAUAUAUGGAUAAACAUGUUCCAAAUCAAUGGGAAAACACCGAGGGCGAAAAUAUUUUUCGACAGUAUGGCGCACGUGUGUGCCGAGAGAAGAAGGCAUGCUUUGAUACAUUGGUGGAUUAUUCAUCCUUGCAGUAGUUGGAGGUUUCUAUGGGACUUGGUAAUGACAGUGGUAUAUAUGGUUGGCUUUCUGACGAUCCCAUUUUCCGUCAGUUUUAUUGUCAUGAGUCACGAUAGAAUUCGAAUGGAUAAAUUCAAUUUUUUAAUCUACGCUUUCUGCUGGAUGGAUAUAGUAUGCAAUUGCUUCACUGGAUAUUACGACAAGAAACUCAUGCAGGUGGAAUUGGCUCCCUUCAAGAUAUUCAUGUACUUUCUUUAUAUAUAUCUUUUUUUUAAGAGUACAAAUAACAUGAUUUAUUCUCAUAGGAACUAUUUAAAAACCUUUCUUAUAAUGGAUAUCCUUUCUUCAUUGCCAUGGGAUCACAUAACUUUGCCAUGGCGAAGUCUUCCUGGAAGAGAAUCUAAUCAUUUAGUUUCUCUACUCAAUCUCUUACCUUGUUUGAAGCUGUUGCGUUAUGGCUACGUUAAUAUGCGAAUCUCCGAGCUUUUUAGCGUAAUCUCCCUUUUUUAAAUUUAAAGGAAAUUUUAAAAAUUUAUAAAUAAUUUUAACUGCGCGCGUACAUCAUUGUUACGGAUAUCUUUAUUCGGCAUUUUAGCAUUUCGAAGUGAUGCACUUUUAUUACGAACUAUUUUCCACCUUCAUGCUGGGAUUUUACAUAAUGUACUGGUCUUCGUGUCUGUAUUACUUGAUACCAGUGUUAGUUUUGCACUUCAGUAACUCUUUACCAGAAGUAAGGGAUGAAAAAUAUAUAC